CCCUCAGUGUACCACUGGGUGGAGAUGAGGACCAAGAUGCGGCUGCUGGGGUUCCGGGGGGCGGCGGUGAAGCCCCUGAACGAGGAGGCGGCGGCCGAGCUGGGGGCAGAGCUGCUGGGGGAGGCGCUGGUCUUCGGGGUCGGGGGGCUCUGCCUCUACCUCGAGUACCUGCGGCAGGCGGGGCAGAGCCGGCGGCGCGAGGAGCACCUGGAGCAGACCCUGAGCGACCUGCGCCGGGACAUCGAGGGGCUCCAGAGGGACCUGGACGAGCUCAGGGGACACGGGGGGCAGGGGCGGCCCCCCCAGGGGCAGGGACACCCCCAAAAAGGGGAGGGACACGCCCAGGGAGGGGCCGGACGCCCCCAGACUGGUGCUGGGAAUGGGGCGCCCGGUGAUGGCCACGCCCCCGCGGUGACGAGCCACGCCCCCGCGGCCUCUGGACACGCCCCCAUCGGGUCAGGCCACGCCCCCUGACAAUAAAGUGCCCUCGUGAUG